UUUAAGGAUACAUCACCACUCCUAAAUCUCCUCUCCUCCAAAAUAAUACUCUCAGAAGCUUCUUCUAAGACAAAAAAACCCUAAGAAUGGUGACGACGAAGAAGAGCGAAAGCAAUCUCAAGUUUCUCUGUAGUUACGGCGGUAGAAUACUUCCUCGCUCUAUCGACGGGAAGCUCCGUUACGUCGGCGGUUUCACCAGAGUCCUCUCCGUUGUUGAUUCCAUCUCUUUCUCAGAGCUAAUGGUGAAAUUGGAGGAGUUCUGUGGAUACGCCGUUGAUCUAAAGUGCCAGUUACCAGACGGAGAUCUCGAGACACUGAUCUCCGUCAAGUCAGACGAGGAUCUCACGAACAUAGUAGAGGAAUACAAUCGCGUCUACGGAGGCAAGAUUCGAGCGGUUUUAUCUACUCCUAAGCAGGUAUCGCCACCAUCGAGCGGCGGCGGCGGCGAUGUGUCACCCAAAUCUCCUUUCUCCGUCGUGGCUUCUCCUUCGCCUCCGCCGGCGUAUAGAAGGUUUCCACAAGCUCGGUAUCAGAUGGAGAAUCUCCAGAGCGGAAUAUUCCGUAAGCGAGCGGAGGAAUAUUCGCGUUGCUGUAAAUGCCGUGUGCAGAACAGAGACUCCAAGCUCAUUUGGCAUUGACGCUGACGGUCGUCAAAUCGAAUAGACUGAAUAAUAAAUAAUUUCGGAAAAAAAAAUAGAAGUUUAGAUAGUCGUUGAUGUGAUGGUUGAUGAGAAAUUAAGGAAUAACUAAAGUUUGUAGUCGGUCCGGUGAACCGGAGAAGAAGACGGAUUUUUUUUUAUCUUCCGUUAGCUUUCUUGUUAAGAUAUCUGGGAAACGUACAACGUUAGUUUUUUUUUUCCAAUA